AUGGAAGCUCAGUGCUUCCGGCUUCGAGUUCCAGUAGAACAAACGUGCAAGAGACUCCUCGGCUUGGAAACUCUUCAGACCGGGGAAAGGCUGCCGAUGUGUCCCAGGAGGGGAAGGGCAGGAGGAGCACAGCUGUGCGGGGCGGCGGGUGUUUCACAUGCAUCUCUAAAGAUGAGCUUCCUAAAGUGUAAAAAGGCAGGGGAAAGACACAUUUCCCAAGGCCUGGGGCCAGUGCGGGGACAAACGCAAGGCUGGCGUGCGUGCAUUGCGGGUUCCGCGCGCCAUCUGGUGGCUUCGGGCUGGCAUUGGGCGCACCAUCCGGGCUUUCACCCCAUUGACAGAGACUUCAUAGAAGGAACCCAUUGUGGGCGUUUAAGUUCUGUUGGAAGUGAUCACCAGGAGGACACCAAGGGCCAGAUGUUCCAAAUUCCACUCCUUAUCCUACAGUUGGACACUGAAAGCCUCAGGUCUAACCAGGAUGAUCAAGUCUGGGCAACAGUGAAUGUCAGUUUCAAGGCAGAAAUGAUGGUGGUGACCACUCAGGAGGAGGCCUCUAACCCUGGAAAGAGUGAGGUGGUCAAAACUAAUGGAGCUAUAGGUCCAGAGAGCACUCUGUGAUCAGGCAGGAAGGAACAGAGGAGAAUUGUGGCAGAGAUUGCUGCCCACAUUGGUGAAUCAGAAAAGUGCUGUUGUGGGAAAUAUUCCAGGAGAGAAGACAGUGCAAACAUGUUGACCGUGCAGGCGGGGCUGGGCCAGGCGGACGCCCUGACGCGCAAGCGAGCGCGCUACCUACUGCAGAGGGCGGUAGAGGUGUCGGCGGAGCUGGGGACCGACUGCACCUGCGGGCCCCAGGAAGGAAACGGCCCAAGUCUGUUUUGGUGGUCUGAGAAGAAAAAAGAUGAACUUCUAAAGUUUUGGGAAAAUUAUAUUUUAAUUAUGGAGACUUUAGAAGGAAAUCAGAUACAUGUUAUAAAGCCAGUUUUACCAAAGCUAAACAAUCUGUUUGAAUAUGCGGUGUCAGAGGAAAAUGGAUGUUGGCUCUUUCACCCAUCCUGGCAUAUGUGUAUUUAUAAAAGAAUGUUUGAAAGUGAAAACAAAAUCCUGACCAAAGAAGGUGUUAUCCAUUUUUUGGAGCUGUAUGAAACAAAGAUUCUUCCAUUUUCACCAGAAUUUUCUGAGUUUAUUAUUGGACCAUUAAUGGAUGCACUUUCAGAGAGCUCUCUGUAUAGCAGGUCCCCAGGCCAGCCGAUAGGAAGCUGUUCUCCAUUGGGACUGAAAUUACAGAAGUUUUUAGUCACGUAUAUUUCUCUUCUUCCAGGAGACAUAAAGAGUAACUUCCUAUUGAAGUUUAUUCGGAAGAUGACAAGUAGGCAUUGGUGUGCUAUUCCCAUUUUGUUUCUAUCUAAGGCUUUGGCAAAUGUCCCAAAAUAUAAGGCCCUGGGUAUAGAUGGGCUUCUUGCUCUCAGGGAUGUUAUUCACUGCACUAUGAUCACACAUCAGAUUCUCCUGAGAGGGGCAGCCCAAUGCUACCUUCUUCAAACAGCUAUGAAUUUGCUAGAUGUGGAGAAAGUGUCACUUUCUGAUGUCUCAACUUUUCUCAUGUCUCUGAGACAAGAGGAAUCCUUAGGACGAGGAACUUCAUUGUGGACAGAGCUGUGUGACUGGCUACGUGUUAAUGAAAGCUAUUUUAAGCCAUCCCCAAUGUGUAGCUCCAUUGGACUUCACAAGACAUCUUUAAAUGCUUAUGUGAAGAGCCUUAUUCAAGAGUAUGUUAAGUCAUCUGCUUGGGAAACAGGAGAAAACUGCUUUAUGCCUGAUUGGUUUGAAGCCAAGCUUGUUUCUUUGAUGGUCUUGCUGGCUGUGGAUGUGGAAGGAAUGAAGACUCAAUAUAGUGGAAAGCAGAGAACAGAGAAUGUAUUGCGGAUAUUCUUAGAUCCUCUUCUGGAUGUGCUUAUGAAGUUUGGUGCCAAUGCCUACAUGCCCUUGCUGAAGACUGACAGAUGCCUCCAGUUGCUGUUGAAGCUGUUGAACACAUGCAGGUUGAAAGGUUCCAGUACCCGGGAUGAUGAGGUGUUUACUGUUCUUCAGAACUUUGUCAUGUCUACUACAGAGAGCAUUUCUGAAUUUAUUCUCAGACGACUUACUAUGAAUGAGCUAAAUAGUGUUUCAGAUCUGGACCGUUGCCAUUUAUACCUGAUGGUGUUAACUGAGCUUAUAAAUCUGCAUCUGAAGGUUGGGUGGAAAAGGGGUAACCCUAUUUGGAGAGUUAUUUCUCUUUUGAAAAAUGCGUCCAUUCAGCAUCUUCAAGAGACGGACAGUGGACAGGAGCCAACACUUGGAAAUCAGAUUCAGAGAGUAGUGAGCAUGGCUGCCUUGGCCAUGGUGUGUGAGGCCAUAGACCAGAAGCCUGAGCUGCAGCUGGACUCUCUCCAUGCUGGGCCCCUGGAAAGCUUCCUUUCCUCUCUUCAGCUCAAUCAGACGCUGCAGAAGCCCCACGCAGAGGAGCAGAGCAGUUAUGCUCAUCCCUCGGAGUGUACCAGUGUUUUAGAAGAAUCGUCAUCUUCCCAAGGAUGGGGAAAAAUAGUUGCACAAUAUAUUCAUGAUCAAUGGGUGUGCCUCUCUUUCCUGUUGAAAAAAUAUCACACCCUUAUACCAAGCACAGGGAGUGAAAUUCUGGAACCAUUUCUGCCUGCCGUUCAGAUGCCAAUCAGGACUUUGCAGUCUGCAUUAGAAGCCCUCACAGUUCUUUCUUCUGAUCAAGUUUUACCAGUGUUCCAUUGCUUGAAAGUGUUGGUUCCCAAGCUUCUGACCUCCUCUGAAUCACUCUGCAUGGAGUCUUUUGACAUGGCUUGGAAAAUUAUAUCUUCUUUAAGCAACACUCAGCUGAUAUUCUGGCCUAAUUUAAAAGCUUUUGUUCAGUUUGUUUUUGAUAACAAAGUUCUUACCAUUGCUGCCAAAAUCAAGGGCCAGGCAUAUUUCAAAAUAAAAGAGAUUAUGUACAAGAUAAUUGAAAUGUCUGCUAUAAAGACUGGAGUCUUCAACACACUGAUAAGUUACUGCUGUCAGUCUUGGAUAGUGUCUGCUUCAAAUGUGUCCCAAGGAUCUUUAUCAAGUGCUAAAAAUUACAGCGAACUUAUCCUUGAGGCUUGUAUAUUUGGAACUGUGUUUAGGCGUGAUCAGAGACUUGUUCAGGAUGUGCAGACCUUCAUAGAAAACCUUGGACAUGACUGUGCGGCAAAUAUUGUUAUGGAAAAUACUAAGAGAGAAGACCAUUAUGUGAGAAUUUGUGCCAUCAAAUUCCUGUGUUUAUUAGAUGGCUCCAAUAUGUCCCAUAAGUUGUUUAUGGAGGAUCUUGCAAUCAAGCUAUUAGAUAAAGAUGAAUUCGUGUCCAAGUCCAAAAAACGCUACUAUGUGAAUUCUCUACAGCACAGAGUGAAAAACCGCAUAUGGCAGACUCUGCUUGUACUUUUCCCUAGACUCGAUCAGAAUUUCUUGAAUGGAAUUAUUGACAGGAUUUUUCAGGCUGGUUUCACCAACAAUCAAGCAUCCAUAAAAUAUUUUAUAGAAUGGAUUAUUAUAUUGAUUCUUCAUAAAUUCCCUCAGUUUCUUCCAAAGUUCUGGAAUUGUUUUUCUUAUGGUGAAGAAAAUCUUAAAACAAGCAUUUGUACAUUUUUAGCAGUUUUAUCACAUUUGGACGUUGUUACUCAAAACAUUCCAGAAAAGAAACUAAUUCUGAAGCAAGCCCUUAUUGUUGUGCUGCAGUGGUGCUUCAAUCACAAUUUUAGUGUUCGACUGUAUGCUUUAGUCGCUCUUAAGAAACUCUGGACUGUGUGUAAAGUGUUAAGUGUAGAAGAAUUUGAUGCCCUGACUCCUGUGAUUGAAUCCAGCCUCCAUCAAGUGGAAAGCAUGCACGGGGCAGGGAAUGCCAAGAAGAAUUGGCAGCGCAUUCAAGAGCAUUUCUUUUUUGCAACAUUUCACCCACUCAAGGAUUAUUGUCUAGAGACCAUAUUUUACAUCCUUCCACGCCUUUCAGGCCUUAUUGAAGAUGAGUGGAUCACCAUUGAUAAAUUUACCAGAUUCACUGAUGUUCCUUUAGAUGCGGGAUUUCAGUGGUACCUUUCUCAAACUCAACUUAGUAAACUAAAACCAGGUGACUGGUCUCAGCAGGACAUAGGUACUAAUUUGGUCGAAGCAGAUAACCAAGCAGAGUGGACCGACGUUCAGAAGAAGAUUAUCCCGUGGAACAAUCGUGUUCCCGACUUAGACCUGGAGCUCCUGUUUCAGGAUCGUGCUGCCAGACUUGGAAAGUCAAUUAGUAGACUCAUCGUCGUGGCCUCGCUCAUCGACAAACCAACCAAUUUAGGAGGACUGUGCAGGACCUGUGAGGUAUUUGGGGCUUCGGCGCUCGUUGUUGGCAGCCUUCAGUGUAUCAGCGACAAACAGUUCCAGCACCUCAGCGUCUCCGCGGAACAGUGGCUUCCUCUAGUGGAGGUAAAACCACCUCACCUAAUUGAUUAUCUGCAACAGAAGAAAACAGAAGGUUAUACCAUCAUUGGAGUGGAACAAACUGCCAAAAGUUUAGACCUAACCCAAUAUUGCUUUCCUGAGAAAUCUCUACUCUUGUUGGGAAAUGAACGUGAGGGAAUUCCAGCAAAUCUGAUCCAGCAGUUGGACGUUUGUGUGGAAAUUCCUCAACAGGGCAUUAUCCGCUCCCUGAAUGUCCACGUGAGUGGCGCCCUGCUGAUCUGGGAGUACACCAGGCAGCAGCUGCUCUCGCACGGAGACGCCAAGCCAUGAUGUGCCUUCCUCAGUGAAGCGCUGGUGCUGUUCAAACCUUUUUUUAAAAAACUAUUUGGACUAAAGAAACAGAUUCUGAAAUUUACUGUGAUAAUUUGUAUUUCUUUUUUCUUGCAAUUUAAUGCCAAAAGUUUGCCAUGUGCCUUAAACAUAAUACUAUAUAUUUUCCCCUUUAAUAAACACUUUUUGUUAAAUUGUAUUCUUCCAUUAAUAAAAUAUUUUAAGCAGUUGUGGAAAUAAAA